UGGGUUACAAACAUGACGCCCCGAGCGGCAGCAAAUUGAUUCAAUACUCUCUCGUAACGUCUCCGGUAUAUAUUGAGCUAAUGACUAUGUUAAUUCAUCAGUUCCACCACGGAAGUCUUAGGAGAAAGAACAAAAUGUUUGCUAAAGUGAUAGUGCUUACCUUUGUUGCUGCGGUUUUGUGUGAGGAACAUGGAUACGCGCUACGGAAUCGUCAUGAACCUCCUAAGAGUUACAGGCAGUAUUAUGAACAUGCUCCCAUAAAAGUUCAUGAGGAAGAAGGUUCCCAGGAGGUUCAGUACGCUGCUGCUGCUCCUGAAGCCAACGGACAAGAAGGACAUGCCUAUUCUUCUCAGAGCAUUAUCCGUCUCGCCGGUCAAGGAGAGUCCCAAGAGUCCCAAAAUGACCAUAUUGCUCCCGUAUACCAAUAUAUGCAAGAAGAGGAAAAGACACGUCAAGAACCUCCUUUACGCUACGAGACUCCAGCUCAACAUUAUCAGUCCAUUCAGUUUGAUACCGCUCAAGAGCAUCGUGAAGUUCCCGUAAAGGCUCAGGAACAUUACGCUCACGGUCAUGAAGGUUUGAGUUACUACCAAGGAGCUGACGCUCAUGAAGGUUUGAGCUUCCACCAUGGUGCUCAACUCCACACUGCUGUGCAUCACUCUGCCCCAGUUAACCACGCUGCUGCAGUGCACCAAGCUGUCCCAGUGCACCAUGCCGCCCCAGUGCACCAUGCCGCCCCUGUGCACCAUGCCUACCCUGUGCACCAGGCUGCCCCAGUGCACCACGCUGCUCCCGUUCAUCAUUCAGCUCCUGUUCACCAUGCUGUCCCCGUUCACCACGCUAUUCCGGCUCACCAUGAAGUGCCCGCCCAUCAUGCAGUGCCUGCUCCCGAUGCUCACGCUCACGAUUUCCACGACGAGCCCAUCGACUAUUAUGCGUACCCUAAAUACCAGUACGAGUACAAAGUGGAGGACCCUCACACCGGAGACAACAAAUUCCAGCAUGAAUUCCGUGAUGGUGAUGUUGUGAAGGGAGUGUACAGUCUUCAGGAAGCUGACGGAUCCAUCAGGACUGUUGAGUACAGCUCUGACAAACACACUGGAUUCAACGCUAUCGUGAAGCACUCCGCCCCUGGCCACCAGGUCCAGAUUGAAAGCCAUCAUCAGAACUAAGACAAGACUGAUCACUUGUUCUGCUGUUUUUAGUUUUUAUUGUUACUAGAUGUGUACUUGCCUACUUAUAUUAUUAUUAUUCUAUUCAUAAUAAAGAUUAUUUAAUGAUUUGAAGUAUA